AUGAGAUGGUAUAUCCCAGUGUUCCCCAAGCCGUGUUCUGUGGACCAGCAUGGAUCUGUGGAAGAUUUUGGCCGGUCAGCAAAAAAUGUGGUGCAGGAGUACGAAAGAGCAGUUAUUUUCAGACUGGGGAGGUUGUCCCGAGGAGGGGCGAAAGGGCCGGGCAUUUUCUUUGUAGUUCCAUGCAUCGACACGUACCGGAAAGUGGACCUUCGCACUGUAUCCUUCGACGUUCCUCCGCAAGAGGUACUUUCCAGAGACAGUGUGACUGUAAGCGUGGAUGCUGUCGUGUAUUACAGGGUGCAUAAUCCGACCAUGGCAAUUGCAAAUGUCACUGACUUCAGUCAUUCAACGCGUUUACUGGCGGCCACAACACUCAGGAAUGUGCUGGGCACCAAAAAUAUGUCGGAGAUCCUCGCAGAGAGAGAGAGCAUCUCGCAUACCAUGCAAGCCUCCCUGGAUGAAGCAACUGACCCCUGGGGAGUCAAGGUGGAAAGGGUUGAAAUCAAGGACGUGAGACUGCCGGUGAUGCUGCAAAGGGCCAUGGCUGCAGAAGCCGAGGCUGCCAGAGAAGCCAGGGCCAAGGUUAUUGCAGCCGAGGGCGAGCAAAAGGCCAGCAGGGCUCUGAAGGAAGCUGCUGAUGUCAUCAAUGAGAGUCCAGCUGCUCUACAGGUG